AGUCCUUAUGGCUCACCAAAGCUGUCAACCAUAUGGAGGUCUACUUCAAACUUAUCUCAUCCAUGCCAUCCACUACAGGCUUAAGACUCACCCAAAACGAUGACAUCAUUUACCAGACAUUCAGAGACCGAUUCAAAGAGCUGGACAUCAAGUCGUUGACUGAGGAGACACUCAAAUGCGAUGAAGCGAAGAUACAAUGGCGUCAGUAUUGCAAUGAUAUGCAAGAGUUUGUCGAGGACUUCAAUUUCGCCACACUUUUGAGACUAGACUCCAGAAACGAUUACAGCGAAUCCAAUACAAUAGUGGUUCCCAGGGUUCAGUUCGUGGCCAUCGAAGUCGCCAGAAAUCGUGAGGGACUUAAUGACGGUCUCAAUGAGCUCUUCAAGUGAUUCCGCAAUCCGGGC